AAGAGCUAUUAUCGUAUUUUCCCGAAAUAAACGAACUCGGAAAGAGAGUGCUAACACUCCUUUCUAUUUUUCUAGUCAAGGAAAUGUCCUCCUCCCCAUAAACCAAAAACAAUAAUCAGUUACUGAAUUUCACUUUUCUUAAUCAAAAUUACAAUGGCAGUGUUGAAUUUCAACAUGUUUCUGUUACUCUCUCUUUUAUCCAUUAUUAUUAAUAUCACUCGUAUCGAUGCUAUAAUUGAACCUACUCAUCUUCUCAAUCGGAGCAGUUUCCCGCCAGAUUUUGUUUUCGGAACAGCUUCCUCUGCAUAUCAGUAUGAAGGUGCUGCAAGGGAAGGUGGAAAAGGACCCAGUAAUUGGGAUACCUUCACUCAUAAAUACCCAGAAAAAAUUAAAGAUGGAAGUAAUGGAGAUGUAGCCGACGACUCAUAUAAUCGGUACAAGGAUGAUAUUGGAAUCAUGAAGUAUAUGAAUAUGGAUGCUUAUAGAUUCUCCAUUUCUUGGUCUAGAGUGCUACCAAAAGGAAAGCUUAGUGCAGGUGUAAACCAUGAAGGAAUAAAUUACUAUAACAACCUCAUCGACGAACUAUUGGCUAAUGGUCUGCAACCAUAUGUGACAAUUUUCCAUUGGGACCUUCCCCAAGCCUUAGAGGACGAGUAUGGUGGUUUUUUAAGCCCUCGCAUUGUAGAAGAUUUUAGGGACUAUGCUGAACUUUGCUUCAAAAAAUUUGGUGAUAGGGUGAAACAUUGGAUUACAUUGAAUGAACCAAGAAGUGUGAGCAAGAAUGGCUAUGCAAAUGGAAGGUUUGCACCAGGUCGAUGUUCAGAUUGGUUAAAAAUGAAUUGCACAGGAGGUGAUUCAGGAACAGAACCAUAUUUGACUUCGCACUACCAACUUCUUGCUCAUGCUGCCGCUGCAAAAUUGUACAAGACCAAGUAUCAGGCUUCUCAAAAUGGUUUAAUAGGGAUUACCUUAAACUCUGACUGGUAUGUGCCAAUCUCCAAAGAAAUGUCAGAUCGUGAUGCUGCACAACGAGCCCUCGACUUCAUGUUUGGAUGGUAUAUGGAACCACUCACAAAAGGCGAGUAUCCGAAAAGCAUGCGAGCUAUGGUGGGAAGUCGGCUACCAAAGUUCUCCAAUGAAGAAUCCGAACAACUUAAGGGGUCCUUCGAUUUUCUGGGCCUAAACUAUUACUCAUCCUUUUAUGCUGCUCAUGCACCUUACCUACGUGAUGCUAGACCAGCCCUACAAACUGAUUCUCUAGUUAAAUUUACAAAUCAGCAUGAUGGCAAGCCCCUUGGUCCAAUGGCCGCUUCCAACUGGUUAUGCAUUUAUCCACGAGGAUUUCGACAACUGCUGCUUUUCAUCAAAAAGCAGUAUAACAACCCUGUAAUAUACAUUACUGAAAAUGGUUAUGACGAGUUCAAUGAUCCAACACUAUCACUUGAAGAAUCCCUUAUAGAUACUUAUAGAAUUGAUUACUUUUAUCGUCAUCUUUAUUAUCUUCAAACCGCAAUCAGGGAUGGUGUGAAUGUAAAGGGAUAUUUUGCAUGGUCAUUGUUGGAUAACUUGGAAUGGGACUCUGGUUACACCGUGCGAUUUGGACUCGUCUUUGUAGAUUUUAAAGAUGAUUUGAAAAGAUACCCAAAACUCUCGGCGCAUUGGUUCAAGAAUUUCCUCAAAAAAUCUUAGGCAUAUAGUAUUGGACACAGUUCUAAGAAAAAGUGUUUGGUUAUGGUGAACUUCAGAUUAGAAAGAAGUGAUAUGAAAUUCAAUCAUGUAUAGAUCUCCAAGAAAUAAAACAAUUCAAAUUUAGUAAAUCACUUCUUAUUUGCCCUCUUUUACCCAAUGAAUAUCUAGAUGUUGUCAUGUAUAUAUGAGUGUGUGAAUUGUAAGCUUUGCAAUGCUUUUCACUCCUCUCUGUAUAGCCUUUUCCCUUUCCAAGGCUUUUCAAUCCUUUAAAUGGAUCUCGGCUGUCUUGAGGGAUUAGUUCAACUGUUGUGCAUGUAGAUACAUGAAAAAUGCAAUUCAAUUUAUGAUAGUCUUUGUCAAUUAUUGGAUAUUAUAUAUUUUGUA